CUGGCCAAUGGGAGGCGUGGGCGUGUUGGCGGCGGCGGCGGCGGCUGAGGGCGCGGAGCGGCACCGGCCCGGCCCGAGGAUGAAUGGCUCCGAGCUCGGCAGCAGCUCCAGCCCCAAAUCCAAGGAGGAUCCCGUGGGGAACGGGCACGAGGAGAAGGAGAGCAACCCCUUUGCAGAGUACAUGUGGAUGGAGAACGAGGAGGAUUUCAACAGGCAGGUGGAGGAGGAGCUGCAGGAGCAGGAGUUCCUGGAUCGCUGCUUCCAGGAGAUGCUGGAGGAGGAGGAGCAGGAUUGGUUCAUCCCGGCGCGGGACCUCCCGCAGGGGAUGGGGCAGCUCCAGCAGCAGCUGCACGGGCUGGCCGUGGGCGACGGCGCCGAGGACAUCCUGAGCAAAAGCAACUUGAAUCCAGAUGCCAAGGAAUUUGUGCCUGGAGUGAAAUACUGACCCUGGGAAUGGCCAGAGACUGAUUCCUGCUCCAGGGAAAUUUGGGACAUGGGAAGAGCCUGGAGUGGCUCCAGGGAUCUGCUCCAGCUCCAAGUACUUAUUUUUGGUUUUCCCUAUUUUUAUUUUUCUUUUUAUCAGCUUUUUCCUCACUUUUUUUUUUUUUUUUUCUUGGCAGUUUUUGGCUUCCUGGGAUUUGUGGUGGGAAAAUCUCGUGGAAAAAAAUCAUGGAAUAAUCAUGGGGAAAAUCAAGGAAAAAAAAUCAGUCAUGGGGAGAUCAGGUUUUGGUGCUUCUGGAGGGAUUUUAGGGAUCCCAAGGUUUUCCCUGAUUUUCUGCAAUGGGAUUUUUCCUGCUGGAACUGAAGGGUUCCAAGGUGUGAUUCUGAAAUUCCUCCACAUGGAAGCCGAGCAGGGGGAUCCUGCCAAUUCCUGAGGUUUUUAGGGAAACCUGGAUUCCCCAAAUUCCUCUUCACCCCUUAAAGAAUUCCUCAUCUGACACUACAGCCCUAAUUCCUCAUGGAUAAAAUCCAAGGAAAACCAAAUUCCUGGCAGAGAGGAGAGGGAGGGAGGGGUUGGAUCAGCAUCAGGAUAUUCCCAAAAAAUCCCUCUUGGAGCAGCAUUCCAAGGGCUCCUCUGUUGGGAUGAACCCCCCAAGAGGGGUUUUUUGGGAAUAUCCUGCUGCUGAUCCCUUUUCCAAGGAUCAGAAUUUGAUCCUGGCAAUUCAUUUCCUUCCCCAUCCAUGAGUGCUGGAGUUCCCUAAAUCCCAGCUGCUCCCAAAGUUUUAAAAGGCUCAGAAAUCCAGGGAAAGGGGAGGAAAUUCCCAGGUCUGAAAUCCCAUACAAGGAAAUCAGGAACUUUUUGGGAUUGGGAAUUCCUAUCCUGAGAACUGAGGAACUUUUUGGGAUUGGGAAUCCAUGAGGAAAAAAAAAAAGGAAUUUCUCCAGGUCAGAAAUCCCUGUCCAAGGAAAGUGGGAGCUCCUUGGGAUUGGGAAUCCCUAUCCAAGGAGAGCAGGAAUUUUUUGGGAUUGGGAAUUCCUAUCCAAGGAGAGCAGGAGCUUCCCAAGGUCAGAAAUACCUGUCCAGGGAAAUCAGGAACUUUUUGGGAUUGGAAAUUCCUACCCAGAGAAAUCAGGAGCUUUUUGGGAUUGGGAAUGCCUGUCCAAGGAGAGGAGGAGCUUUUUUAGGUCAGAAACCCUAUCCAGGGAAAUCUGAAACUUUGGGAUUGGGAAUCCAUGAGAAAAAAAAAAAAAAAGGAAUUUCUCCAGGUCAGAAAUCCCUGCCCAGGGAAAGUGGGAGCUCCUUGGGAUUGGGAAUCCUUGUCCAAGGAGAGCAGGAAUUUUUUGGGAUUGGAAAUCCCUAGAGAGGAAAAAUAGGAGCUCCUUGGGAUUGGGAAUCCCUAUCCAGGAAAAGUGGGAGCUUCCCAAGCUCAGAAAUCUCAGUCCAAGGAAAUCAGGAACUUCCCAGGAUUAGGAAUCCAUGAGAAAAAAAGGGAUUUCUCCAGGUCAGAAAUCCCUCUUCUCCAGAGAAAUCAGGAACUUUUUGGGAUUAGGAAUUCUUAUCCAAGGAAAUCAGGAAUUUUCUGGAAUUGGAAAUCCCAAACCAGGGAACCCUUUUCCAGGGAAAGUGAGAAUCCUGGGAAAGCAGCAGCAAUCAGCCCCAUUCCUGCUGGAUGAGCUCAUCCCUGCAAAUUCCCAUUCCCUAAAUUCCUGGAUCAGCAGGAUCAGGGGCCACUGGACCAUGAACAGGGCUGAGCUCAUGGAAUUCCUGGCUCCCAGUUUUCCCAGCCCCUCUGGAACCAUUUCCCUACAGGAAUGCCUCCCUAAAAAUCCCAUUUGGGGCUGGCCAGGAUGGGAUCCACCCCCGGUAUGAUCCCACACCCUCCCCUCCUCCUUUUCCCAGUUUUCCUUGGAUUUCUCCCCAGUUUCCUCCUUUUUUCCUCCCUCAUGCUGUAAAUUUCAGACGAGGCAUUAUCCCAAAUAAAGUUUUUUUGGAAGGG